CUCGGGCAUGCCGCUCGCGAGCAGAGGUGCGGGGCUUCUGCCCUAGCCCUUGAAGGUCUCUUUGGGUAAAUGAAUGCGAUAACGGACAGCAGCAUUAUGGAGGUGAGGGAGCGAUUACACCAUGAAUGACAAGUACCAUAAGGCGGCUCGGGAUGGCUACCUCGACCUGCUCAAAGAGGCUACACGGAAGGACCUCAAUGCACCUGAUGAAGAUGGAAUGACACCGACAUUAUGGGCAGCUUAUCAUGGCAAUUUGGAAGCCCUACGAUUAAUUGUUGGAAGAGGAGGGAACCCUGAUAAGUGUGACAUAUGGGGAAAUACCCCACUCCACCUGGCAGCUGCCAACGGCCACCAGAACUCCCUGUCCUUCCUGGUGUCAUUUGGUGCAAACAUCUGGUGCCUGGACAACGACUACCACACCCCACUGGACAUGGCUGCCACCAAGAACCACAUGGACUGCGUGCGCUACCUGGACUCCAUCGCUGCCAAGCAGACGGCCCUCAACCCCAAGCUGGUGGGCAAGCUGAAGAACCGGGCGUUCCACGACGCCGAGCGCCGUAUCAAGGACUGCGUCAAGAUGCAGAGGAAGCACCACCGGCGCAUGGAGCGCAAGUUCCAGAGGGAGGCGCCGGAGGCCUCGGUGUCCGACGCCAUGAGCUUCUCCAGCUACACGGGCAGCAGCAUCAGCCGGAAACUCCUCAACACUGCCACCAUUAGCGUGCCAUACUCCCAGGCUACUCUUCACGCCACAACCAGAGGUAAAACCAAGAUCCAGAAGAAGCUUGAGAAAAAGAAGCAGGGUGACGGGACUUUCAAGAUCUACGAGGACAGCCGCAAGAGCGUCCGCUCUCUGUCCGGCCUCCAGCUGGGCAACGACGUCAUGUUCCUGAAGCAGGGCACGUAUGUGAACCCGCGUGACCGCACGCGCCGCAAUAUCCGCCACAUGUUCCCCUCCGACAACGAGGACGCCAUCUCCCGUGCCAUCAGUGAGCCGGACCUGCACGGCCCCGACAUCGACCACUCAGAGGUCAGCACCGACUCUGGCCACGACUCGCUCUUCAACCGGCCAGGCCUCGGCACCAUGGUAUUCCGCCGCAACUACGUCAGCGGCGGCCUGUUCGACAUCGGCGUGCGCGACGAAAGCAGCCUGGUGGACCUGGAGGAGGCCACGGCGGCGUUCCCCCCCGCCAACCUGCGCCUGCGCAGCCGGUUGCAGCGCCCGCCCAGCGUGGGCGAGGACAGCAUCGGCAGCGCCCGCAGCCUGCAGCAGCGCAACGCCGACGACCUGCCCUGGGACGAGCAGGAGCUGGGACUGGACGACGACGACGAGCCCGAGAGCAACCCACUGGAGGUCUUCCUGGCCGCCCAGUUCAUGAACGAGUUCAUGCCCAUCCUGCGGAGGGAGAAGAUCGAUCUGCAGGCCCUGCUGCUCUGCUCCGACGCUGACCUGAAGGGCAUCCACAUCCCGCUGGGGCCCCGCAAGAAGAUGAUGGACGCCUGCAAGAGACACGUGGAGACCAUCGAGGACCCGGAGGCUAUGGUGGACACAGCACUGUGAGUUAAGACACGAUGUCUCACAAAGAGCCAGUAGCUGCUUUGUCAAAUUCAACCUUGCAGUACAUUAUAUAAAAGGCUUUCAGUACAUGCAUCUGCAUGUAGUUUUAUCACAGUUAUAUGUGAAACUUUAUUAACAUUAUUUAACUUCAAAAUAUGUGAAUUAUUAAACUAACUGUCCUCAUUGACUAGUUAUCUUUGAUCACAUUCAUCAUUAUUGGACUACAAUUUUCUCUGUAAUUUUCCUCAUGGCCUGUUGCGUACUGUCAGCCAUUAUUAGGAAAAUAAGGUGGUGUAAGUUAACAUAAUACAAGAAAUGCUUAAUGAAAGAUGAUUAGUCCAAUGUGCAAUAUCCAGAAAGCUACUUUGUAUUGUAAGUGGUGGAAUCAUGUAUUAGGUAGGCCCAGAGCCGUAUAUAGAGACAUACACUACUAGUCAAAAAGUUUGGACACACACACACUUAUAUGUAGUUUUUUAUUUGAUUCCUACAUUGUUACAACAAUAACUACAACAUCCAAAGUAUGACAGAAGACAAAGGUCUCUAAAAAUAUAUUAUUUCUUUUCAAUUAAAAUCAGUGAAAGACAAGCAGCUAACAAAUGCUCACAAUGUAUGGGAAAUCCAUCAAGGCUGUUGGAAAUCCAUUCCAGCUGACUAUAUGAAGUUGGUUGAGAGAUUGAGCAAAAGAUCUGUACCUUGAAGAAUUGAAAAUAUUGAAAAUGUAGCUUUAUUUACAAUAAAAACCACCUGCUCAGAUCAAUAAAGAUAAAGAAAGAAAAACAUAAAUUUGAGAGUUGGUGUGUCCAAACUUUUGACUGGUAUUGCACAUAUGAUUCAUAAAUCAUUUAGGACAUUCACCUUUGACAUAAUGGCUUCUAUUUAUAUGUUUUAUCUUGUGAGCAUGCAUGUGCUUACUUUAUGUCACACUGUAUACAUUUCUGUCAGCUAACACAUGGUGCAUCCCCAAAAAGCAUGGUGGCAGACGAAUGUUGAAGAAUACUGAUGAGGCUGCCAGUCAAUGAAGGCCAAAUAGACACCCUGGGUAAAAGAGUGAAAAUAACUCGGUAACACUUUACUUUAGGUUUCUACAUAAGAGUGACAUGACACUGUCAUAACCCUGACCCUAACCUGUCAUGACAAAAACCGAAUGACACUUGACAGAAGCGAGUGACAGAAGCGUUUAAAGUAAAGCGAGUAAAGUGUAACCAAUAACUCUCUGAAGUGAUUUGGAGGGUUGUACAGAUUUGGCCCCACUGAGGAGCUUCAGUGUUUUAAUGAAAAGUUGCUUUCAUAUGGCAAGCUUGGAGUCAGCUGUGAAAGUCAAUGUGAUACUUCUGACAGGCUGACUUAUGUGCAGGUGUUAAUGCCAACCCAUUUGAACAUGAAUUGACUUUUAUUUUUGGGACCAGACUUGCUUGUACUAUAAGAGUUAGGAUAAUUAGCGUAUCCAGAUUGAUUCAAUGAACUAUUCAGCAGUGUCUGCAUUUGUGUCACCUAGUGCAGUUAUUUCUACCUCCACUGGAACCUUACAAUUACUUGACAUGGCAUGAGUGCAGGUGGGAUUGUGACUGGUGUCUCCUUUACUUGAGCAUGCCAUAGUCGUCGCCUAAGCCUAGUGUACAUGCUAGUGUCUCUGUCCCUGUAGUAGUGUCAGUUUGUGGAGGAUUUUUUGGUAGGGGGAAUAAGCAUGGUCUAUCUCACAAGUAUCUCACAAUCUGCCAAGUACAUAGACUAACAGAAAAUCCUUUGUGACACACCAGUUCCUGUAUUAUGACAUUGAACUUCAGUCUUUAGCCUUUUUGAAGACAGGAACCUGUACAUCCAUGCAGUAACUGAGAAGGAGUGAUAUGGGAGGAGAGGAAAGUAUGUGGUCAUCUAUCUCUCUCUCUCUUUCUCUCUGCCUUUUCAAUGACCUGUGGCUCCCCCUUCUGGACAUUGUGCAGUGUACAACUCAACUGAUAUAGUGCUUAGCACCAAGCCUCUCUAGAGUGCUGUGAUUCCCAUACACAUAACAGUUGAAAGGAGACACUACAUGUCAAUCUACUAUGAAUUAUAAACCAUUAUAAACAACUUGCCAUGCCAUGUGUAGAAAACAGAAUAAGGUGUUCAUCAUCAAGAUGUUUUAUUAUGUGGAUUAGUGAAGAGCAUGACCAGUGUACCUGAAUUCAAAGGUUUUCAUUUGAACUUGCGAUCACUAACAACUGUUAGUAAUACCGGUAUAUAGCCUGUUAAUAUUUACAAACCAUAUUUCAUUACUUUGCACCAUUAUCUGGUGUGAGGGUGACAGUAUGGCGGUAAUGUUCAAUGAUAGCCCACUCACUGAAACACUUUCUGUAGACAUAAAAGGUUACUAAAGUAGAUUGUCAGCACAACAAUGUUACCUAGAAUUAACAAAGUUUUGUUACUUUAAUUUCCUCUUUAUUCGUGAUCACUUUGGUUGUAAUGGUGGUUUUGUAAUGGUGUCAUAUCUGGGUGGAAUUAUAGUGACUUUGACUAAAAGCUAAUAGGCUGAUCACAAUCAUUACACUGUAAUAAUAUGCCAAAAUCAUUGUAGGUGGAAUGAGCUAGCAGUGCCACAGUUUUAGGCACCAAUGCGAAGCAGGGGAAUAAAUUAUCUACUGCAACUCUCUUUGAAAUGGAUUCGUCAUCCUUUUCAGGAUAACUUUUCAUUCCCAGACCUUUGGCGAAUCACGUAAAGGAGAAAGCUUCUAAAGUGUCAGUUUUAGUUAGGGCGUAGUAGUACUCUCUCAAGUGCCCACUACUCAAUACACAAUACUCAUUGUACUCAGGCCUUGCUUUUUUGUACUAAGCCAGAAAUAAGCCCUUUUCAUUCCACUGAGAAGGAAGUCCACCCAGUUUGCAUGCGAACAUCAGACACAGUUGACCCGCCAGUCUUGGUGUUUGUUUGUUUUCUGUAGUUCAUUAACAGCCUACAAGCCUUCUAUAUUUACAUGGUGUCUGUCAUGGUCUCUGCUAUGUGCAGUUAUUUGAGUGUAAUGUAGCAUUUUACCGCGAAAUGUAACACAUCGUAAUGGCCUGUUGCUUUAGAAGCAUUUGUAAACAAACAAACAACUUGCUAAAGAUGGUUUAUGUAAAUGAGAUUCUCUGUAAAUAGUUGUAUUUAUGAUAUAUGUAUUUUUGUAUUCCAAUACUAAGAGAUAUUGUAACAUGACCAAUUAAUUGCACAAAU